GCAGGUCCAGAGAGAGAAGGAGAGGUGCUGCCGCCCGUGAGAUACACUCACGCAUCACAGCGCAGCGAGGAAACACGGCGUCUCUCUGUCCUUCUCACUGGGAACACAAGGCUGUUUUUGAAUUAUUGAAAUCCCACUAAAAUCAGUUAUAUUAUUAAACAGCGUCAGGCUGAGAUAUUGCGGAGAUACCCAGCAGCACUUCACCAGCAAGAGCGAGACAUCUUUGUAAAAGAAAAGCAAACCAAGACAGCGGAGCAGAGCCCCGUCAGCACCUUGGACAGCGACCAUGGCUCCCGUGGAGGACUCAGCUCAGCCCGUGGUGGUGCCAGUAGGAGUUGCUGUAGUGAGUGUCUUCGGUCUCGUCUUCACUGCAUCAGCCUUUGCUUGGAUUUGUUGCCAGCGCAAAAACACCAAAUCCCAGAAGACGCCUCCCUAUAAGUUUGUGCACAUGCUCAAAGGGGUCGACAUUUAUCCAGAGAGCCUCAGCGGCAAGAAGAAGUUCGCUGCUCCUGCCACCCCAACAACCACCGACAACAGUAAAACUGACGUUAAUGGAAACUGCCGCACUGUGCCAGUGAGUCCUUCUGGGACCAGUAAGCUGGUGUCAAGUCCAAAUGGUUCUAAACCAGCUCUCCAUUUGGAUCUAGAGAAUUGUGAUCUGAACGGUAACUUUACCACCAAACCUUUUCAUCACCAUCACCAGAAGGUGCGGAGCUCCCCAGACCUGGAGCUGCCCUCUCCCCAUGCCGGGUUCACUCAACCUGGUGUGAUUGACCGCCAUGACAUCCUUUCACCAUCCAGCACCCUUUCCAGUCAGGCCCCAACCCCAGCUGUCGACAGGCCCGAAGCAGAGGAAAAGGAAGGUGGCUUAGGUACCCUCCACUUCUCGCUUGAAUACCAACCAGAGAAGAAAGUAUUCAUUGUUCAUAUCAAGGAAGCCCAUGGCCUGACUCCAACUGACGAGCAAUCACUCACCUCUGACCCCUACAUCAAGCUGACCCUGCUGCCUGAGAAAAAGCACCGGGUGAAGACCAGAGUCCUCCGGAAGACUCUUGACCCCGCCUUCGACGAGACCUUCAGUUUCUACGGGAUCCCUUUGGUCCGAGUGUCAGAUUUAUCCCUUCACUUCAUGGUGCUGAGCUUCGAUCGGUUCUCUCGUGAUGAGGUCAUCGGAGAGACCCUUGUGCCUCUGUCUGGGAUCGACUUGUCAGACGGGCGUGUCCUGAUGAGCCGAGAGAUCAUUAAGAGGAAUGUCAAGAAGUCGUCCGGUCGAGGAGAGCUACUGCUGUCCCUGUGUUACCAGUCCACCACCAACACUCUGACUGUGGUGGUUCUCAAAGCUCGCCACAUUCCUAAGGCUGAAAACAACGGACCUACAGAUCCGUAUGUCAAGGUGAACUUGCAUCAUGGAAAGAAGCGCAUAUGUAAGAAGAAGACCCACGUGAAGAAGUGCUCCCCCAACCCGGUCUUUAACGAGCUCUUCGUCUUUGACCUGCCUUCUGAAGAGGGUCUGAGGGACACCAGCGUGGAGCUGCUGCUGCUGGACUCAGACAAUGGCAACUCACGCUCCCCCAACGCUGCCAUUGGGCGCCUGGUGCUGGGCACGUCAGCAGCAGGAACCCCGGGGGAGCACUGGCGGGAAAUCUGCGACCACCCGCGCCGCCAGAUCGCCAUGUGGCACGCUAUGUCGGAGGAUUAGAAAGCUGCUGGACGCUGGUGGACUCUUUCAACCUUGAAAGGGAUGGAAUGACGAUGGGCGGGAUCUGAUGACCUGCUGACCAGUGGCUGUUGGACUCAGAAAAAAAAGGGGAACGGACUUUGAUGUAGUUUGGGAGGAUAAUUUCAAGUGAUGUCAUUAUUCAUUCACUCUUUCACUCAUCUUUGACGUUAUUAGGGGUACAGUUGGAGGGCGGGGCAUCAUGAACAUAACCCCAAAGCUUUAAAAUGAUCCCAAAGGCUGUCACCCUCCCCUGGUAACAUGCAACAUUAUCUCCAUGGCAACAGCCAAUUGUCACAGUAAAAGUGUGCAGUGCAGAAUGUCUUUAAUGUCACUGUUAAUGUUUCUUUUCUUCCUCUGUUCCCCUUCCUCUUUCUCCCCCUCCUUCUUCUUCUCCUCUUUCCUCAGCUCUUCCUCCUAUUGAUAGUAACCUGUAGACCAUCUUAUGAAAACCAGAUUGAACCAUGUCUGAUAAUGCUGUAAAAAUGUGGAUUAUUAAAGAUUAUUUUAUAAGGGCAAUGUUUUCUUCUUAAAAAUGUUGAUUGUUUUGUGUUUCUUUUGUUUUUUCUUUGUUUUUUAAGUCACGUUGGUUUGUACUCUUCUGGUUGAUUUGUUGAGCCUUUUUUUUGUAAGUAUAGGUGGUAUAUCACACAUCAUGAUUUAAAUAAAAUGAGGCCUAAAUUAGGUGGUUUGAGAACAGAUGGGAGUGCGCCGGGGACGGUAACUGUGGAUGCAUUUAUGUGCGUGGGUUUGUGUCUUUCGCGAAGAAAGAGGCUGCUUGUGCUGACACAGCUGUGCGAACGUGUGGGUGCGAGAUGUGAGCCGCGUAACGUUUACUGUCGGUGUUUUGCCCCCGUUACUGUGAGCACAAAGACAGCUGAAAUGUAAAUGUAUGUACCUUACUAUAAAAUAUGGCAAGUUCUGAG